AUGUCAACUUAUAGAAGAUCGAGGAUCUCUUCAUUAGGUGGUAUUUUGGAGCCCGAUACUGUAGCUUCAGAAGAAAAAGUUGGCAUUAGGAAAAUUGCUAAGGCUUGUACCAGAACUAUUGCCCAAUGGACAGAAUCAAACAAUGUAAGCGAUAAACCUUGCGAUUCAAGAAGUUCAAAGUACGAAGAUGAAAGAAGAAACCGUGAUACAAUCGAAAACGAUUUUUCAAGAAUUGCUCUGUUGGAAAGAAAAUACAAUGAAGACCUUGAAAAAAUGAAAAAGUUAUACUUGGAGAGAUUUGAACCAGGCCAAAACUAUCUGCAAAUAUCUCUCAAGAGGUCUAAACAGAAAGCAUUAAACAGCAGUAAGUCUUCGCUAGAAAACAUUGUUACGGACAGUGAAAAUAAAAUACUUCAUGAGAUCAAAUUGCAAAACAAGCCAAGUCUGGAGACAUUGGCAUCUAGAAGAAUUAUUGUUGUUAAAAACAUUCCACCAGGGGCCGGAAUCAAUGGUUUUUUGGCACAAGUAUGUGGCGGGCCCUUGGAAAGAGUCGUUUUUCAUGAGCUGAGACAGUUUUCUACGGCAGAACUUCAUUUCAUUUUCUCGGAACAUGCAAGAAAAUUUUAUAGUUAUGGUACGGAUACUGGCCUCCUUGUUUUAAACGGUAUACACUUGAGAUUAGAAUGGGCAGAUGGUACAAAUACCGAGGACCUAGAUAUAAUACAUCCUUCUAUUCCAAGAUAUUUGAUGAAUGAAAUCAUUGAUUAUGGUUCUCGAAGAUGCUUAAUAUUCUCACAAGUUAUUCCUGGAAAGCAGAUUCGUCACGACAAGAAGCUUCACUAUCCUAACCCUGAGACACAUUUCUCAAGAGAUCUUAAGGUAGAAGACAUAAGGAGAACUUUCUCAAUUUAUGGUGAACUCAUUGAUAUUGCAUCUGUUAUCUCUAGAAAGCUUUGUUUUAGCUUACAUUUCGCAGAUAUCAGAUCAGCAGUGAUUGCUAAAAAGGAAUGUCAAACCCCUGGUACAGAGGUCAAUUCAAAAUAUGGGCACUGGACGGUAUGGUUUGGAAAUGAUCAUACCGACAGACCAUGUUUACAAGUUUGA